GGAACAACGGAUCGGUCUGCGCAGCGUGAGCGUGAAUAACUUUAACGUUACACAGUUUAGCUUGUUAUUACCGCCGUUAUACAGCACCAAACCUCCUCUGCGGUGUCCUCUGGCUUUCAGGACUGAAGAUGUUUAACAGACAGACCAGCCUGUGGAUGGGUGAUUUGGACCCAUACAUGGACGAGAACUUCAUCAAGCAGGCCUUCAGCGCUAUGGGAGAAUCGCCGUUUGGAGUCAAGAUCAUCACUCACAGGAUAACAGGUGGUUCAGCAGGAUACUGCUUUGUGGAGCUGGCAGAUGAAGCGAGCGUCGACCGAUGCGUCCAAAGGCUCAAUGGAAAACUGGUUCCUGGAUCAAACCCGCCCCGGAAGUUUAAACUAAACUAUGCCACCUACGGGAAAAGGCCAGAGGCAGGGCCGGAGUUCUCAGUGUUUGUGGGCGACUUGGCCACUGAGGUGGACGACUUCCAGCUACAUCAGGUUUUUAAGAAGUAUCCAUCCUGCAAAGGAGCCAAAGUAGUGACCGACCAGUACGGAUACUCGAGAGGCUACGGCUUCGUCAAGUUUGGGGAGGAGAGCGAGCAGAAGAAGGCGAUCGAGGAGUGCCAGGGUACGAUGCUGGGAGGAAAGCCACUCAGACUCAGUAUCGCUGUAGCAAAGAGCCAGAAGAUGAGCAGCUACCACGGGGGCCAGGGCCAGAAUUACCAUAGCAACUACAAUCAGACUCAGUCUGGUUACUAUGGCAGCCACAGCGCCGGAGGUCAGGGGGGCUACUACUCCCAGUGGGGGGGCUACGACCAGUAUGGCGGCUACAACAGCAGCGGGUACACCGGCGGUUAUAACAGCGGCUACAACAGUGGCUACAACUACAACUACGGGCCGUACGGAUACCCUCCACCAGGUCACAUGAUGCCCCCUCCACCCAUGGGGAUGCCACCCAUGUCCACGGACAUGUCAGGAGCUGUGGAGCAGAGCCAUGAGGAGACUGAAGACAUAGAGGAGGACAACGCAGAAGAGCCCAUCCCUGAAUGCGACGUCGAGCUGUGGAACAAAGACUUCAUGCAGCGCAGUGAGGAGCUCUACGACGCCAUGAUGACGUGUCACUGGGAGCCUCUGGACUCUGUUGACUCCCCCAUCCCCUCCCUCUCUUGAUAACUUGUUUUAUUUUCCCCUUUUCUGCUCCCUCCUUUACUCUUGAAUGACGAUUUUGUACUCAAACGCCACACUGACACCUUAUAAAGGCCAGCUAGAGCUCACUGUCUCAGUGCUUAACCUAAGUGAAAGCCGGCAGUGCAAACACGUUGUUCCUCUUCAAAUACUUAAAAAUGCACACAAACAUUCUGUUGACUGUAAUGUUUACCAUGUUGGUAAUAAACAGCAGGUUAGUUAGCACUCAGUGAAGUUACUGUGUAGUAAAUACUGUCUAUACACCAGAGGAUGAAGGUGAGCAGAAUCUGUAGCGUUACGAGCUGAAUGUUGUGUAUUCGUAUGAUGUCACUGAGGAACAAACACCAGUCAUUUAUUUUUGUUGAUCCAUGUUGUAGCGAC